AUGGAAAAGUUGCUUCACUGGUCCAUUGCUAACGCACAAGGUGAUAAAGAAGCGAUCGAAAAGGCUGGCCAACCGGACCCCAAACUACUGCAACAAUUGUUUGGUGGGGGAGGUCCUGAUGAUCCAACAUUAAUGAAAGAGGCUAUUGCCGUUGUGACGAAUCCUGAGGCGGAGAUGGAGAGUAAGUUAAUUGCCAUGGACAAUUUUGAGAUGCUGAUAGAGAAUUUGGAUAAUGCCAACAAUAUUGAGAACUUGAAUCUUUGGACCCCCUUAUUGGAGACACUAUCCGACCCAGACGAGGAACUGCGAGCCUCUGUCCUGUCCGUGAUUGGGACUGCUGCUCAAAACAACCUUCCUACACAGAAUAGCUUCUUAAAGCAGGAAAACGGUCUACGGAGACUUAUACAACUAGCUGACAGUACCAGUGAGUGUCUAAAUGUUAGAUGUAAGGCUUUCUACGCGCUCUCCAAUCUGGUGAGAAACCAUCCCGAGCUCGCUGAAGAAUUUGUUAGACUCAAAGGACUGGAUAUUAUAGCUCCCGUUCUGACGGAUUCGGAGCUCAAAAGCAAGUUGAAGACCAGAGCGCUCUCUUUGCUGACAGCGUACUUGACAGCCGUUCAGAUCUCGGACGGCUUGGUGUCAACGCUGAGAAAGGACAACGUCUUACCAUCAGCCAUCUCUUCUCUGAAGUCGGAGGACGAUGUUGCUAUACUUGAUAGGGUGCUGAAUUUCCUAUCCCACUUGAUCUCUGCUGGUGUAAAGUUCACUGAACAAGAAACUCAUGAACUGAGGACCAACAUGCGGCGAGUUAAAAGUUUCAAAGACAGGCUGAAUGAAGAAGACUACUUAGCAAUAGAGCGUGCUAUAUAA